AUAAAUAGAGCUCACCGCUUCCUUCCCUUCGAGUCUCAUCGGUUUCAACUCUAGUCUUCAGACCAGAGAAAUUGCACCCGAAAUCGGAAGCUCUUCGCGGGAUCCAUGGCGUCCAAGCUCGUCAUCGCCAUCGUUUUCAUCUUCGACAUCAUCGCCUUCGGCCUCGCCGUCGCCGCCGAGCAACGACGGAGCAAGGCCCAGGUGGUUCCCGAUUCUGAGAAGAAUUACACCUACUGCGUAUACGAUUCAGACAUUGCCACUGGGUUCGGUGUCGGUGCUCUUCUCUUCCUUCUCGCGAGCCAGAUCCUCGUCAUGGCAGCCAGCAAGUGCUUCUGCUGCGGCCCCGCACUUCGCCCUAGCGGAUCAAGAUCCUGUGCCCUGAUCCUCUUCCUCAUCUCCUGGGUGGCGUUUUUGAUCGCGGAGUCUUGUCUUCUGGCGGGAUCCGUGCAGAACGCGUAUCACACGAGAUACCGUGGCAUCUUUAGCGAGGAUCCGCCGUCGUGCCAGACGCUUAGGAAGGGGGUUUUCGGCGCCGGCGCUGCAUUCGUCUUAUUCACCGGUAUUCUGACGGAGUUCUACUACAUCUCUUAUGCCAAGUCCAAAGACGCCGGUCUGCCGCCUUACUGAGCGGCUGCCGGUGGCCGGCUUUGUUGUCGGCUGUUUUUUAUGGUUGUGAAUUUGGAUCGAUUUGUGGGUUCUCUGUAGAAAUUAAUUGAUUUGGUUCAAUACUGUUUUGAGUUGGUGAAUUGUUUGUUUGGACGUAUAUGUUGUCGCUUUGUGAAAUCAAGAGAUUAUGAGAGACUUCCUGCAUAAAUUCUCUUAGGCAUU